ACCCCAAACACGCCGACCGCCCGAUCCCAAAUAUAUAAUAUCCCCAAAACCAAAAACCUCAAAAACCAGACGCACUCGCGCUCUCCGAAUCACACUGAAUCCGACAACCACCGGGGGAGAGAGCCAUGGAGGAGCAACAUGAGCACGAGGUUUACGGCGCCGAGAUCCCCAACGACGACGGCGAAGACGUCGACAUGUCGUCCAGGGCCGAUGGGGCCGACGACGAAGACUACAACGACGACCCUAACUCCAAGGAGCUGGAGGACAUGAAGAAGCGGCUGAAAGAGAUAGAGGAGGAAGCCGGCGCUCUCCGCGACAUGCAGGCCAAGGUCGAGAAGGAGAUGGGCGCUGUUCAAGAUACCUCGAGUGGUUCUGCGUCUCAGGCUGAGAAGGAGGAGGUGGAUUCUAGAUCCAUCUAUGUUGGUAAUGUUGAUUAUGCAUGUACUCCUGAGGAAGUCCAGCAGCAUUUUCAGUCUUGUGGAACCGUUAACAGAGUUACAAUUUUGACCGACAAGUUUGGUCAACCAAAGGGAUUUGCUUAUGUUGAGUUUGUUGAAGUUGAGGCUGUUCAGAAUGCUCUCCUGUUAAAUGAGUCAGAAUUGCAUGGCCGUCAAUUGAAGGUCUCCGCUAAGCGGACAAACGUUCCUGGACUCAAACAGUAUCGAGGAAGGCGGCCCAACCCAUUUUUUCGAUCUCGGAGGCCUUUCAUACCUGCUGCACCCUUCUAUCCUUCGUUUGGUUAUGGGAGGGUUCCAAGGUUCAGGCGGCCCAUGAGGUAUCGGCCAUACUAAUGAUGAAGUACAUCACUAGCAGGUGGCCACAUUAUACGAAAGGUAUGUUUGGUUAUGGUCCUAUACCAUACCAAUGACGAAGUUAAAUUGCUAGGUGGCUACACUGGGUGAGGGUCAUAUAUGUUUUAUUACGGUCGUAUCUAUAGUUUUGGGAACAGGAGAAAAGAAGUUGAACAAACCAUUUGCAUGGCAUAGGCCGACUUGAUUCUUUCUCGAAUUUGUAGUGCACGAAAAGAGUUUAGUUUAUGUGUGGAGGGGAUGAGAGAAGGCAAAUGUGCAAAUGCUGUAUCAGAGAGGAUUCCUUUUUACAGAUUUCUGUGCUUAGAUUUGUAGUUUUAAGACCGGUGUGGAUGUUUCGUAACAUUGAAGGAUCCCCUACUCCAAGAACUGUUUAUGCAUUUGAUUUUAUGAUUGGAAUAGUGAAAUAGAACUAUGAACUGUCUUCCUUUUGGGUCAAAAUGUAAGUUUUUAUUGUUCUAGUGAA